AUGACGGUGUGUUUCCUGCAGCUGACAGCAGUGAACUCCGUGGUCUUCACUGUGAAGGCUGUUGAUGCAGACGGAGACACGAUCAGCUACAUCAUCGAUCAAUCAUCCCCUGACGCCUGGUUCUUCAGGAUUGAUCUGCCCAACAGUGGGAAGGUAGUUCUGGACAAACCUCUGGACUACGAGACCAGAACCCACCUGAAGGUGGUCAUCUGGGCCCAGGAAGCGAACACUGUGGAGAAGUUCAACACGUCUGCCAUUCUGACGGUGAACAUCGUGGACGGAGACGACCAGUAUCCUCACUUCCUGCCCUGCAUGCCUGUUUCUCCAGGUGUUCCUGUCUGCAUGAGCCCCACCUACACCACCAACAUCACACACAAGCAGAAGGACUCUGUUUUGGAGUUUUCUCCUGGUCCAAUCAGAGCCCAGGAUGGAGACCGAGGAAUCAACGCUCCUCUGAUCUACACCAUCCUGUCAGGUGGUGAUCAGGGCAGGUUUGUGAUCAACAACAGGACAGGUCAGAUCAGGUUAACCAGAGGGAUGGACGGCCGACCGCUGAGGACGAACUUCACACUCACUGUCAUGGUGUGUCAGGUGGACGACCGGCUGAAGUACAGCGUGGCGUUGGUUCUUAUCAGAGUUCUCAGUGAGAACAUGUUCCCUCCGGUUUUCAACAGAACCACCUUUAAAGGCUUCAUCAUCCAGAGCUCAAGUCCCGCCUCCAUCGUCUCCACCUAUGGGAACCAGGUGUUACAGGUCCAGGUGUCAGACCGCGACUUCUCUGAUGGCCUGAAUCCAAAUAUCGCCUACUCCCUCCAUCCUCCAUCUGGACUGUACCAAGUCACCCAGGGGGGGGUUCUGAUCGCCAGGACGAACCAACUGCACGCCUUCGACAGACACAUACUUCAGGUCGUCGCCAGAGAUGAAGAAUCAGGAGAAGAAGUUUCAGCUUCAGUGGACAUUGAAGUCCUGCAGAGAGGACAACCAGCUGUGUGGCUGCAGAUGAACCGUGUGGGGGAGCAGUGGACUGAGAACCAGGACAGUUGGUCUACCAGCAGCUCAGCACCACAGUCCUGUCUGCAGUGGGCUGGUCCUUCAAACUCAGCCUCCUUCACUGGACUCUACUUCUUGACCCGCAUGUGA